AACAAACUACACUGCACACUUUCGUCGACCACUUGACCAUGCUGAUUGCACUAGGCCGGCGGUCCCUGCGAUGCGUCAGCUGGCGUCGGGUGUUCACGACAGAAUGCGACGUUGCGACCAAGCGGAGCAUCCUCGAGCGCGUGUCCCAAGCGUCGGCGUCUGAGCUGGACUCUCUCGCGGCCACUGCCGACGCAAGGACCAUGUUGCAUCUGCAGUCGCUCCUCCCACCCGUCACUGCCGUCGUGCCCGACCCAACGUCGCUGCAAUUGACGCAGCUCAUGGCUCGGAGUAUGGUUCCGUUUCUCGGGUUUGGUUUCGUGGACAACUUUAUCCUCAUCCUUGCCGGGGACUACAUCGACAUCACCCUUGGCGUGUCCCUCGGCAUCUCGUCCAUGGCCGCCGCGGGUAUUGGCAAUGCCAUCAGCGACGUCGCCGGGAUCGGUUUGGGCGGGGUCAUCGAAGGCUUUGCCACGCGCUUGGGACUGCCAGACCCACACCUCUCGAGGGCGCAGAUGGCGCUUCGCAUCACCAGAGUUGCGCAUUACACUGGCAGUAGCGUGGGCAUAUUCAUCGGCUGCAUCCUUGGCAUGUGUCCGUUGUUGUUUUUGGAAACCAAGGAAGACCGCCUGUUAAAACCCACCGCAGACGCAGUUAACUAAGGGUAGAGACUAUUCAUAACUAGUACCAGUGGUACGACGUAGUACAUACAGAAGACUAGUACAUAGUCUGUCCAAGAGGGUAGCCACGAUUGAAAUCCCAAUAUUGUCCAUUUACCCAAAA